UUGAUAUCAGGUCGCUAAACUUGAACGAGUCACUAUCUACUGAUGACAAAAACCGAUUGCAUGCGUAUAACCAAGUUUGUGGUUCUACAAGAAGAGAAGAAGGAAUACACGACGAUGAUUUAAUCUAUAAAUUCAUUGAAGAUAUUGCUCCAUCUCUCAAUUCUACAAUUAAACUUGGCUUUUGGGAAAAUUUACCAAUUGCCGGAAAUGAUAAGUUUUCCCCGAUUUUUACAAAAGAAGGUUUUUGUUUUGCAUUCAAUGCAAUUAACUCACGAGAAAUGUACACAGAUGCUGUGGUCAAUGGAUUUAAAACUGUAACAAACAAUCCAAAUAUCACACACUGGAGUUUGGAUAAUGGUUACCAAAGUGAACGGAAUGAAAAUGAAUACCCAUAUCGUACGUUUGGUACACAUGCAUAUGGAAUAUUGGAUUUUAUAUUGGAACAUCUCAAAGAAGACGUCAAUAUAGAUUGUAAUUAUUUGGUUGGAUUUGGAGUUUAUUUUACUCAUCCCGGUGACUCGAUAAAAACUCUUGGACAAGCACACCAUAUCCAGACUUUAAAAUUUAACAAAAUCAAAAUCAAACCGAAAUUGGUCAUCACAUCAAGUGAUUUACGCGACCAUAGUCCAAUCCAACGCCAGUGUUUCUUUGAAAAUGAGCGAAAAUUACGUUUCUAUAAAAUGUACACCCAAAAUAAUUGUGAAUUGGAAUGUCUGGCUAAUUUUACUCGCAUUGAGUGUGAAUGCGUAAAAUUUUCGAUGCCAAGAGACGCAGAAACAAGAAUUUGCGGUGUAUACGGCCUUAAAUGCUUACGUAACGCCGGAUUAAAUCUAUUUGGCAUUGAACUAAUUGCAGGUAUAAAAAAUCGAACAGUCAAGCAGUUUCGCGAAAAGUGCAAUUGCAAACCGGCCUGCACGCGAAUCGAAUACAAUUUCGAUGUGGAGCAGUCAGGCGAUAUAUCUGACGCAGAAUCAUUUGUAUCUACAACUCUGGAGAUUGUAUUUAAAGAAGCGUUCUUUACAACACUACAACGAUCGCCGCUGUAUACAUUUACCGAUUUUUUGGCCAUUUGUGGCGGUUUGCUUGGUUUAUUUUUGGGAGUAUCAUUAUUGAGCAUCAUCGAAUUCGUUUACUACUUUUCACUCCGCUUAAUUUGGACUCUUCGACGUUCACAAGCUGCGAAUGUUGUUGCUCCAGUGCCUAGUCCACUGCCAUCAAGAAAAUCCACUCCCAAUCCAGUCCAGCAUUUCCAGUGGCACUCACGAUGA